AUGGAGGAAGUGGCCAGUGUCAAAAGACGCAAGGUGAGGAACGGCACAUUCAGCUGCUGGGAGUGCAAGCACCGCAAAAAGCGCUGUGAAUUUGAGUCGGACUCCAACUCCGUUUGUAUCUCUUGCCAGCGCCGGGGCAUACCUUGCAUAAGCCAAGCAUCUGCAGACACCGCAGAUGACGAACAUAAUGAAUAUGAGGGGACCGCACGACAUAUUGAUCGAGUGGAAGACUUGGUGCGUCAGCUCGUACACCGGAGGGCCGCUCAAGCUCCAGGGCGAAAUCCUCAGCAAGUGGCCAAUGGACCAGUGUCCUUUGAUACAUCAAACUAUUCAGUUUUGAAGUCGAUCGGCCAUGAGAGGGUAUCGAGGGGCCCGUCUCUUACUGGAUAUCUGAACUCGGCUCUUCCAGCCCCCCACAUUGCUGCGAGAAUAUUGAACAUCAACAAACAAUACAAUGCGCCCCUUCAAAUACUACAACACCUCCAACCCGACGGGGGGCUUAUUGAAGUGCCGAGUACUCGGUCACCUGAUUUAUUCCCAACCGUGCACCCAGUCACCUACGCUAGCAAACUGAUCAAGCUUGCCCUUUGCCUAUAUGAUUUGGACUUAAAGAAGUCUGACAAAAUCAGCUCAGACCUCGGAGAGCCCACUAUCAAUACCUCGCGGCGGUACUUCUGGGUCGCAUCCAGUCAUGUUAUGUCUCAAGACCAUUUAGUGAGCUCACUCGAUGGACUUGAGACUUUGCUGUUGCAAAGUCGCUACCACAUAAGCACGGGCGAGCUCCAGACCGCGUGGCACCUCCACAGGCGCGCCUUCCGUAUCGCACAUUCGAUCGAUUUACCUACACAAUCUGAAAUACCAGGAAGCCAGGCGAAUAGUGUUUGGUUUCGUCUGCUUUACAGUGAUUGCUUUCUAUCACUAAUGUUGGGACAGCCAGUUGCAUUCACCGACGAAACCGUACUGUCUCAAAGUAGGAUUGUCCACAAUCCAGCUCAGACCUUGGAGCGUGUUCAUGUGAUUAUCGCUAGGCGUGUUAUUGCAAGAAACAUACGCAUUCAAAGCAGACACCAUGAUGACUUCCAAGAAGCGACUCAGGAAAGCUAUAGCGAAACCAGAUCACUGGAUCUACAGCUCAAAAAGGCCGCUAAGGCCAUGCUUACAGCUUGGUGGAAGUCCCCUACCUUUGCAGCCGCGGACCUUGAUCGAGAAACAAUGGACAAGACUGCCAAGCUUUUGCUCCAAACCCAUCAAUACUAUCUUUUGGUAGUCUUGCACCAGCCGUACACUCUUGAAAGGCCUGGCCGCGAUGAAUGGAAAUAUGGCCUGGAUCUAAUUGACUACAUGUACAGUACAUCGGCUCUUGUCGCAGCAAGUCGCGAAGUUCUCACUCGCUAUAUCAUUCUUCGGAAUUUCCACCAGUCCUUGUCUUACCGUGGAUUUGACGAAAAGGCGUUUGCUGCCUCCAUUUCUCUUCUCUUUGCUCAUCUGGGUGGUCACAGUCUCGGGCCAACUAACAUGCUUGAACAUCAGCGGCCACACGAUCUUAUAAUCGUAGAAGAUGCCAUUUGCUGCAUGGAAAAAGUGUGUUCACGUAACAAAGAUCUUGAGGGCUGUUCUCGAACCCAAACACUCAGGAAGCUUUCCAGAAUUGAGGCGAAAGCAGCAGAUGGAUGCGAUUAUGCUGUCUAUCACGCUACUACAUUCAACAAACUUCAGGUAACUGAAUCUGUGGGUAUCAGAAGUGAUCUUGAAGUUCACGUGCCAUAUCUCGGUGCCAUUCAUGUCACUCAGCAGACAACAAGUCUACUUGGCAAAAAUCUCUCGGUCGCUACCCAAGUGGCGAACAUGGCACCUGGGGCUCCAUUGCCUACACUCAAUCAACAAGACCAGUACGCACUAUGGGAUACCCCGGGAGUCUUUAAUGGCGAUCCCUUCCACAAUGAGUGUGACUCGAACUGGCUUGAUGAAUGGUCCAUCCAAGAGGAUGUGAAUCUCCAUGAUUGA